AAUUGUACUGGUAAUGAAGAGAGUAUAUGGGAUUGCCCCUCAAGUACACAAGGACAGGAAUCCUGCACUGUAAACACUGAUGUAUCAGUUGCUUGUCAUGGUUUUGCUGUGGAGUAUUCUGAUUGUGCUAAUGGUCGAAUUUGCUUAUCUAAUGGAACAAGCAAAAUGAAAGGAAGAGUUGAAUUAUGUUACAAUCAUGUUUGGUUUGGAAUAUGUGCUGAUAACUAUAAUAAUUACUAUGAUAUUGAAACUGUUUGUAACUCAAUGGGUCAUUCACAAAGUGCUCCAGGAUAUUCUAGCUCAUUUCUGGAUUAUCCCGGCCUUCCAUUAUUUCCCUUUGAGUUCUACUGCUCUAGCAUCAUGGGUUCUCUGUUGAAUUGUUCAAAAGGAGCUAUCAAUUGUUACAGAAGUUAUUCCACUAAUAACUAUAAAUAUUUAGGAGUAACUUGUCAUGAUAAGUGUAUUCAUGGUGAUAUUAAGCUAUCAGGUUCAGGUUAUAGCUCUAUUGGUAGGAUUAAUGUAUGUGUAAAUGGUGUUUGGGGGACUAUCUGUAACACUGGGUUUGAUGAUGCUGAUGCUAGUGUAGUUUGUGCUCAAUUGGGAUUCUCACGUUAUGGUGUUUUGCAUACUCCUAAUAACUAUUAUUAUUCUAAUGGUGCACAUGUGCAGUUUUAUAAUUUAAACUGUACUGGAACAGAAUCAAGAAUUUGGGAAUGCUCCUUUAAUAAUAGUACUUCACAAUACUGCUACUAUGGAAAUGCUGCAUAUGUGAUAUGUCAGACUAAUGAUGCUACUGUUGAUACUUCAUGUACAACUGGUGAUGUUAGAUUAGUUGGUGGUCCCAAUGAGUAUGAAGGGAGAGUUGAAAUAUGUUACAAUCAAAUGUGGGGAACUAUUUGUGACCAUUACUGGGAUACAACUGAUGCUAAUGUUGUUUGCAAACAGCUAGGCCAUCAGAUGACAGGAUCAGUACCUGUGCGCACCAGUUAUUAUGGAGAAGGGCAGGCACCAUUUGUUAUGAGACGUGUUUCUUGUUCCAGUAGUGACAGUUCACUAAUAGGCUGCAAUCAUAGAUUUGAAAGCAGUAUUUCUACUGAUUGUGGUACUGCUAAUGCAGCAAGUGUUGUAUGCUUAGAAGUCUGUAAUGAUGGUGAUAUAAAAUUAAGUGGAUCAUCAUUGACAUAUGCUGGUCGUGUUGAACUGUGUGUUGAGAGAACAUGGACUACACUGUGUGAUCAAACAUGGGACUUUAAUGAUGCUGCAGUGACUUGUAGACAACUUGGAUACUCUUCAUAUGGUGCUAUACCAACAUACAAUUGCUAUACUGAGAGACAGCUGUCAUUUGGUAUCACAAAUCUUGGUUGUAACGGGUCAGAAGAACAUAUUUUUAACUGUACACACAGCAGUCCAUAUUUAUACAACUGCAAGUCACAUAAUGAUGCUGGCUUAGUUUGUCAAGAAACUGUGCAACAAUCUAAUUGUACUAAUGGUAUGAUAAGAUUGGUUAAUGGUAGUGGUCCUCAUGAAGGAAGAGUUGAAGUGUGUAUUAAUAAAGCAUGGGGUACUGUCUGUUCUAAUGGCUGGACUAAUACUGACGCUAAUGUAGUCUGUAAACAAUUAGGAUAUCUACCAAUGGGUGGAAGAGCAAGAUCUGGUGGUGAUCAUUUUGGUCCAGGAGUUGGUCCAAUACUGAUGGCUAGUGUUGAUUGUACUGGUAAUGAGGAAUCAUUAAUAGAGUGUAGGACAAGAUCAUGUGAUGCCACUACUUGCUCUCAUCAUAAUGAUGCCGGGGUCACCUGUGAACGUAACUGUACUAAUGGUGAGAUUAGAUUAGGUGAUAAUGCUGUCCUAAGGGGAAGAGUUGAAGUGUGUAUUAAUAACAUAUGGACUACAAUCUGUGCUAGCUAUUGGACUGACAAAGAAGCUACUGUAAUUUGCUCUCAGCUUGGAUACUCACGCUAUGGUAAAGUUUGAAAGGCCUAAACAUAAGUAUGCAUGCAGUGGCUACUCAUGGGAUGUUUGUUGAUUAUGAGUGGCCAAUUGGCAUGUAUAAACUAAACUGUACUGGAGAU